AUAGGUAAACGUCAAAUAGCCAAUCGUCUCAGCUGAGCCCACUGCUUGACGUUGUGUGGCUUGCUCCCUUGUUCAGUCUCAUUCGAUUCUGAAAAAUUAAAUUCUUAGAAAAAUUCUGAUCAAUUCAUAAUUUAUAUAAUCCUGGAAUCUUCUUUCCAAUAUGAGUGAACUUAGUCAAGAAGAGAUUCGUAGACGGAGGUUGGCUCGACUCGCAGCCCUCGGAGGGACGGGCUCUUCAGUUCCAACUAGUCCUCCCAUUACACCUGGUGCAUCAGUUCCACCAGACGUUCUUAGUCCAGGUCCACCGUCACGUUUGUCUCCAGCGUCAGUUCCACGUAGCUCCACAGAAAAUGCAGACAGUAAAAACAAAGAACAAAACUAUGCAGAGAACAAAAGUGAUGUGUCAGAUCAAACAAAAAUACCAGCUGAUGGUCUAAUUGUUACAGAAAAGCCAGAUAAUAAUUUAUUAGACGAAAUGCCAGAUACAAAAAUGACAGACCUUUCUCAAACACGGCAGUACAAUAGUUUUGACUCUAUGGGAGAGGACACAUUGUUAAGCUGUGGGUCAGUGAGAGUUCUGCCUCAGUCUACUGUCAGUGGGUCAGAAGGUGCUUCGACAAGAGAAGAUAGCACAUCACGUUCAAUUUCUCCAGCACAGUUUGUAGAACCACCACCAGUUAGACCCAGAACACACAAUGCUUCACCAAGUUGCUCAAGACGCUCUCUUUCAAUGGAAGUUGAUGAUGUUUCAGAGAGAAAUUCACAGUCUGAACAAACACAAGAACCAAUGGAGGUUGAAGAUGACUCAACACAAUCUCCUGCUCGUAAAAUUCAAAGAUCUCGUACUGUAAGUUGCACAGAAUUAACAGAGGAACAGUUAAGGAAUAUUGUUGCCAAAAUAUUACAAGUUUCAUGGUCAGAUGACAGUGCUGGUGGCAUUUUUGUGCCUUCAGUUGCGGCAUCACUACUAGAUAAUCCCAAACUAGGUUUAGAGGAGAUAGCAUCAGAGGCAUUGAUGGACACACUUUGUCAGAUUAUAGACGGAAACGAUCCUCUGAAUCAGAAGUUGAUUGCUAUAACGGAAACAACAAAAAGGCUGAGUGAAGACUGUGGUGAUGGAGAUGAUUUGUUGACGAGCGGACAUCUCGGUUCUGAAGCGGAUGCUAGCAAAUCAGACUGCCCUACACCAUCAUUACCCAUUCAGAAACCAAUGCCCUCCCAAGGUUUAGCAGUCAGCUACAUACUGAAAUUCUACAAUAACAUUAAUCUUUAUGAAAGGGACCAUCCAAAGAAAAGCUCCGAACCACCUCUGAGUGAUCUGUUGCAAAGUUUCCGAACGCUGCUCGUAAACAAUCUAGUAUUAGUGCUGAGGGGGAAAUAUGAUUUGGAGAAAUGUCGGAAAUCGCCUCUGUUACCUUACCUCUUGAUUGGGAACACUCCGAUCGGACUGAUACCUGAAGUUCUCUUAGCGACAUAUCAGGAUAAAGAAGCUUUCGAGGAGGUGUUCGUGCCGCUGCUUAUGGGUGUUCGUGAAGAGAUGCGUCGAUGUGUGUCCCCGCUGGUAGGUCGCGGGCACGGCGCACCGCUACGUGCUCUACGUGCCCUGUGCGAGCUGCGCGCUCCCCCACGACACGCCGCACGGCCUGUGUGUGCGUUACUGGCACGCCUACCCUCGUUAUGUCCACCAUCCGUUACCACAGCACCGGGGCGAGAAAUCGCCAGAGUCAGUUUCCUUGGACCCUUCUUUGCGAUAUCCCUAUUCGCUGAGGAGAAUCCCCGUUUCGCUGAGAGGAUGUUCGCGGGCACUGACCAGAGCCUGUCUUUCGCCCUGCAGCGUGAGGUGGAAGCCAGUCGGAACACACUCCACAAUAUCUGUCACAACAUACUGCUAUGUCCCGACGCAAGGGAACCAUUCCUUAACUACUUCGCCACAUUACUCCAGAGGAAUGAGCGAAGAGCACAACUACAGACAGAUGAACGUUCCCUGGCUGGCGACGGCUUCAUGUUGAACGUUUGCUCGGUUCUCCAACUACUGUCGGUGCGCAUCAAGAUGGACCGCGUGUACGAGCUGUAUACCUUCCAACCGGACACGUGGUACAACGUCAGGGAUGAAACCCGCCUGUAUUUCACAGCACAGGAGGCACAGGAAUGGCAGGACGCUCUCAACAACGAUCCAAACCACGAAUGGCCGGAAGCGAAGUUUCAGACUGUGUGUUGGUUCCUGACUCUCCACAUGCAUCACGUGGCGCUCAUACCCGCGCUCCACACGCACCAGAGACGCAUACGUGCCUUCCGAGAUCUUCAGAAGGUGAUUGAGGAGCUGAUGGCUGCUGAGCCUCAGUGGAGGAAUAGCUUCUCAGCGUUCAGGAACAGGGAACUACUGCGACGAUGGAGGAGACAGAUCAAGAGGCUACACCGUUCCAAGCAGUGUGCGGAGACGGCUCUCCUGGACCCCGAGCUGAUGCGGCGAGGUGUUCAGUUCUACUCGUCCGUGUGUUCGCUGUUGGUCCGUCAGCUGCAGUCGGCGGCGUCUACCGGCCCUAGCACACCGAUCGCCUCACCAUCACACGCCUUCCGCGCACUGCCCGAGUGGUAUGUGGAAGACAUCGCGGAGUUCAUGCUGUUCGCCGUCCAGUAUGUGCCACAAACGGUGGCCUACCACAUAGAAGACCCGAUAGUAACCUGGCUUCUGAGCGCCAUCUGUAACUCCCAUCUCAUAAAGAACCCGUACUUGGUUGCAAAAAUCGUAGAGGUUUUAUUCGUCAUCAAUCUAUCCCUGCCGAUGAAGCUGAAGAACGUCUACGAGAAGUUCAUGGACCAUCCCAUGUCCCAGACGGCGCUGCCGAGUGCCCUGAUGAAAUUCUACACGGAUAUUGAAACAACGGGCCAGAGCACCGAGUUCUAUGACAAGUUCACUAUCAGAUUCCACAUCAGCAUCAUACUCAAGGGAAUGUGGGACAGACCCAUACACAAACAGGCCAUCGUCAAAGAAUCCCGUUCGGGUCGACAGUUUGUCAAGUUCAUCAACAUGCUCAUGAACGACACCACCUUCCUCCUCGACGAAUGUCUGACGUAUCUCAAACGUAUCCACGAAGCUCAAGAGGCUGAGGCCGAAGGCUCGAGCAGCAGCAGUAGCUCGAGUGAGGCUCGAACUCGAGCACUCGCGCAGGACGAGCGCCAGUGCCGCUCAUACCUCACGUUGGCUCGAGAAACCGUGGACAUGCUCGAGUACCUCACAGUCGACAUCAAGGAGCCCUUCCUGCGAGCGGAACUCGUUGACAGACUGGCGUCCAUGCUCAACUUCAAUCUACAACAACUCUGCGGGCCCAAGUGCAAUAAUCUUAAGGUCCGCCAGCCGGAGAAGUACGGCUGGGAGCCGCGGCGACUGCUCAGUCAGCUCGUCGACAUUUACCUUCACCUCGACUCGCCGCAGUUCCACGCCGCGCUCGCGGCUGACGAGAGGUCCUUCCGCAAGGAGUUGUUUGAUGAAGCAGCGGUUCGUCUCGCCAAGUCGUAUAUUAAGACGCCCUCAGAGAUAGAGCGGUUCAGGACUCUCGCUGACAACGCGUACCAGAUCGCUGUAUCAAAUCAGCAGAGAAGUGACGAAUUCGCGGACGCACCCGAAGAGUUCAGAGAUCCCCUGAUGGAUACCCUGAUGACUGACCCGGUCACCUUACCUUCCGGAAAGGUAAUGGAUCGUUCGGUGAUCCUCCGCCAUUUGCUUAACAGCGCCACCGACCCUUUCAACAGACAACCUCUCACUGAGGACCAGUUGCGUCCAGCAACGGAACUCAAAGAAAGGAUAUACCAAUGGCAACGCGACAAGAAAGGAUCGACAUCCUAAACCUUCAGCCAAAGCUAAGUCUGAUGUUUCCAAUGUGCGACAUAACAUGUCAUACAUUAUAUAUGUUAUAUAUAAAGACUAAUGCUGGGUGUGUCCAGCGGCCGGACUAUUGUCCCGAUGGAUGAUACUAUAAGUAUGUGACAAGCUCAGAGCUCUCCGAACGUUGUAUUAAAAGCUCAGAGUUAUUAAAUUGUUAUUCGAGCAUGCUGUUAGUUAAAUUAUACCACCUUAUAUGAUCCAAGUUUAAAAAUCGAACUCUGUCAAUUUGACAGGUUACAUGUGUUACAUUCACCUAUUUGGAAAGAAACCACAUUUUAUUGUUAGGUUUAUUAACAUAGAAGAUUUGAAAGAAUUAAAUUUCCUGAAUUUCCCGUCUAUUAAAAUUAAUCUCAUAAAUAAAAGUAUAGAGGCCUAAAGCAUACCACCAAAUCUUUUCUAGGUAUAAUUCUAAUUUUACUGCCUUUAUUCUGUGUGCAAUGAAACGGUAGUUGAUGUGUUAAAAUACGAUUACAUUAUUCCUUUGGAACUUUAUGCAUGUUUAAAUAAUGACACUAAAUUUACAAAAUGUAGUUAUCUCCUUUAAUGUUAAAAAUAUAUAUAUAUAUGUAAAAAAAAUGGAAGUAGUAUGAACUAUUUUAAAAGUACCCAUGAAUGAAUACAUACAUUCUAAAGAAUCCAAGAAUUUAUUGGUGUUCAUGCAUACAAAGGUGUCAAAUUAGACUAUAACUGUACAAUACAUACAUAAACUAAUUAAAAUAUUUUAAAAAAAUAUAUAAUUAAAACUAACAUAUAUGCAUGCAUCUCCAUCAAAAACCGGUGUAACAAAUUAAAUUUAAAUCAAGGCCAUUUCAACUCUCUUGUUUUUAUAAUAUAAACAAACAUAUAUAUAACCUUAGAUUACAUGAAAGUUAUCUUAGAGGCCUCUAGUGUGAAAUUUAUUUUUAUGGAUAUAUUAAGUGAAUAUUAUUAGUAAAAUAUAGCCAUAUAACCACUACCCAUCCUCGAGUAAUUUUAUAUUUAUUGUCUCAUUCUAGUCUUUAAAUACACAAACACUGAUAAAUUCUUGAAUUCUUAAAGGAAACCUAGUUUUUGUUAGCUGUUAUUUUUAAUAUCUCAUGUAUUUUCUAAUAUCGACGAUGUGAUUUUGUUCCUUUAUUGAUAGUUUCAUUAUAUUUUAGUCAAUAUGAGAAUAAUCACACUGCAUUUCAAUAACCAUAAUCUAAUAAAUGUAUGUAAUAGUCUUAGACGGUUAUAAACAAUCAAGGCCAACUGUUAAGCUCAAUAUUUUGAAAUGCUAUGAGAUUUAAAAUUAUUUUUCAAUGUAAUGCAAUUUCUUUCCUGUCACUGCCAAGUUUAUCAAUUUAGUAAAAUAGAAUGGCAUUUCCUAAAUUAUAUGCUUCAUUCAAUUUACACGGUCUCAUUGUACUAUAAUUUGACUUAUAUUUAUCUUAUAUAUUAUAAAGAUAAAGAUUGUAUUAUAGACCUUAUGUUAAUGUCAAUAAAGUAUGAGAAAACAUU